AUGCCAUCUAAAUCUCGAAUUUGGUGUGCUCAUCCUUAUCAUGAUGAAGUUUUACCAAAUGGAAAAAAAUGUUUUUCAAAAGUCGGUGCAAAACCAUCACAUCCAAAAGGAAAAAGAUUAAUCAGCGAGGAACUGGCCAAAUUUAUCAACAACCAUAACGAAGCAAUUUUAAAUGGAUCUUCCAAGCAACUUUCAAAGGCUGAUUAUCUGUGUUCACCAUGUUUCGUAAAAGAAAGAAAUCGGUAUAUGAUUGAUGAACAAGCAGAUAUGGAUAUUGAUGAUAGUCAAGGAAGUUUCAACUACGACAACCUCGAUAGUGGUUCAGAUAAUCAACAAAAUUCUCCAAUGGAUGAUGAUUAUGUACGCUUAGAACAAGAAGAUGCUAAACUGAAAUUGAAUCAGGUGUUUGAUCGAAAUACUAAACAAAUUGCCAAUGCUGUAGACGAGACGUAUUUCAAAUUAAAAGAGUUUAGUAAUAUACUUUUACCACGUUCUCGUCAUAAUAAUGAACCAAGAACAUUGUCUUCACUUGAUCUUUCAAUUGAUGAUACUAUUUGGAUUCUUGAUCGUCUACGCGAACUUUUCAGCAUUAGUGACGACAACGAACAACAACGACUUAUGACUAUGUUACCACCGGAAUGGGGUCGAGAUCGGAUUUCUAAUUGGUUUCGUGGUUCGCAACAUCAUGCACGGCAGUCGAUCGAAUUGCGAACAACGACUGGGGAUUUUUCACGCCCCGAAGAUCGACGAGGAAAUAAGCCACUUGAUAAUCAAAUAGAACUGGCGGUCUAUAACUUUUAUAUAAGUGACGAAAUUAGUCGUGAAACAUCGUACAAAAAGCAAGUCAUCCAUCCACCACCAUUCAGAACUCCAGUUCCGUUACGUUUUCUUCAUCUAACAAUUGGAGAAACAUUUGAACAAUAUAAAAUGAAAUAUCCAAACAUGGAAAUAAGUAGAUCAAAGUUUUUUUCAUUACGACCAACGUGGGCUGUAUCAAAAUCACUCCAACAGCUUGUGACAAUAAAACAAUUAGUCGAAAAAACAAUUUGCACAUUCCCUUCUGAACAUUGUUAUUAUCGAUUAUGUACUAAUUGUCUUCAUUUGAAAGCAUCUGAUAUUCUAUCUGAUGGUAUAGAUGUUGAAAUUCAAGAUUCAGCUUCCUGGUCUAUUUGGAAGAAACUUAAUUCACGUUAUGAACUUCUUCAUUUAACUGGUACAUUUCGAGCUCUUUUAGAAGAAAUCGAUAACCUAUGGCUUAAUUUUAUCACACACAGUUUUUAUACACGUGAACAACGUGAAUAUAUUGCAUUCAUCAAAGAAAACUCUAGCAUUACUACUUUUGCAGUUGUUCAGGUCGACUUUGCACAAAAUUUUGUAUUCGUUAUACAGAGAGAAGUUCAAUCUGCAUAUUAUUCACGUCAACAAGUCACCAUUUUUACCGUAUAUAUAAAAAUUGGUGAAGAACAUCGCAAUAUGGUGAUCAUCUCGGACUAUCUUGCACAUGAUACAAGAUUUGUCUAUUCUGGUCAGAAAAUCAUCAUCGACUUUCUGAGAAAAGAAUAUCCAAAUAUUUCAAAAAUUAAUUAUGUGAGUGAUGGAGCAUCCGCUCACUUUAAAAAUAAAUAUAAUAUACACAAUUUAGCUCAUCAUCAUCAAGAUUUUCAGAUCGAAGCAUCAUGGACAUUCAGCUCGUCAGGACAUGGCAAAGGACCAUGCGAUGGUCUUGGUGCUGUGGUGAAAUCGACGGCUACACAACACUUACUCAAAGGUGGACCAAAUGCAUCGUUUUCAACACCAAAACAAUUUUUUGAAUGGUGUCUUGAAAAAAAUGAUCGUAUGGUGGUGGCAAGAUCUCGUCGCAUAGAAGCUUCAAACUGUCCAUCUACUUAUAUGUCCGAACCUAAUCGUCCUAUCGAAGUGCGUUGGCUAUCUGCUGAUACCAUCAACAAUGAAUUCGAAAGUCGUUUAAUGCCGCGUUGGAAUCUACUCUCCUCCAAAAGUAUCAUUUUAUUACGUAAAUUUUCUGUGACAGUAUUAAUUUUCUUUAGGUCCAAUUUCUGGAAUUCGUGAUAUUCAUCAGUUCGACGCGGAUAAAAAUGGAUCUGUCUCCUGUCGUCGCACCUCACAAUCUAGCACUAUGACCAACCACACAUUUAAAGUCCAAACAACUGUUAAAUCGACUGUAAAUCAAGUACUAACAUCAUCCGAUUGCAAUAAUGGAAUCUUCAUCAUUAUCAAGUAUCAAAGUGCCUUUCGUCUAGCUCAAAUGAACUCAUCAGAUCUAACCAUCUCUCAAAUAACAGUUACCUGUUUUGAUCCUCCUUUCCCAGCUUCAAUAUUUAAUCGCUCGAAAUCACCACGUCUAUGCAAUUUAACUAUUUCAACAGAACAGUUUCGAGCACGUCUGAUCGAUAAUCCAGAGCAGCUGCUGAAUGGUCAUAUUCGCAUCAGUUCACAGCAGUUACUGGAUAUUCAAAAUAUCUGGGAUGAAGAAUGAUUUUUUUUUCUUAUGUUUUUUUUCAUCUAAUCAUCAUCUAGCUAAUCAUUUGUAUAAUACAUCAUACAAAUAAUAUUCUUUUGACAACAGUUUUAGGGGAAGAAGAUAGGCAUACAUCAACUUAUAGCUAAUAAACAUCUAUAUAUAAAUGUUUUAAACAUUUGUUUCC